CAAGACAUCGCUUCUAGCAGACCAACUUAUCCACUCGUUGCUGAGAUGGAUCUUGGCUCCUUCGUUGAGAAGACAGCUUUUGCAGAGCAGCCUCGUGUACAAGAAAUGGAUUCUUUUUCUUGGAAAAUAGAAGCAUGGUGGACAUGUAUAUGUGCGAAUGUCACAUAAGGAGACGUAAAUUUCGAGUUGCUGAGUAUCGUGUUUUAUUGGACGAAAUUUCAAUUCCAGGGGAUUCAAUGUGGCUAUAUGGAUGCUCACCUAGCCACCGUGGCUGUACUAUGUUGGUGGGGGUGGGGUAACCUAGAAGUUGCCAAGGUGAUACCGCUGAUAACCUGAGCCGUGAUUAGCCACUUGCAUCAUAGUCGCUUUCAUAACUUUGACGCUAUUCAACUUCCGAUAUAGGAAUAAUUGACGUUGCUCAACCUUAAACACUAAGGCAAUGUCUCUCACGAACGCCUCCCCUUCUGAAGCUGCAAAGGCGGCAAAAGAUGCUUCACACGUACUUGCUACGCUGUCUGAAUAUGCCAGAAACGAUGCCUUGACUGCCAUCCAUGCGGGCCUGACUGCCGCCAAGCAGGACAUCCUCGCAGCCAACGCUCGCGACCUUGAGGCCGCACGGGUAGCUGCAGAAAGUGGCCAGUUAAGUCAGAGCCUGGUUUCAAGGUUGGACCUCGGGAAGAAAGGGAAAUGGGAAGACAUGAUGAAGGGCAUACUUGAUGUUCGAGGUCUUGAGGAUCCUGUUGGCAAGGUUACUUUAAGAACUAAGCUUGACGAUGGUCUGGAGUUGACGAGAGUCACUUGCCCCAUCGGCGUCCUCCUAAUUAUAUUCGAGGCACGGCCCGAGGUUAUUGCUAACAUCGCCUCCCUGGCGAUAAAGUCGGGCAAUGCCGCCAUUCUAAAAGGAGGAAAGGAGUCAACGGAAUCAUUUAUUGCCAUCUCCAAGGUCAUCUCCGCAGCAUUGGAGAAGACAAAGGUCCCUAACGGCGCCAUUCAGCUCGUCACCACGAGAGACGUGAUACCUCAACUCCUGGAUCUGGACCAAUACAUCGACCUCGUAAUUCCUCGAGGCUCCAACGAUCUGGUAAAAUACAUCAAGUCAAACACCAAGAUUCCAGUUCUCGGUCACGCGGAUGGCUUGUGCUCCAUAUUCCUCGAGCAAUCAGCGGACCCGAAGAUAGUAUCGGACGUCCUCGUCGACUCCAAGACCAGCUAUCCCGCUGCAUGUAACAGCCUAGAGACGCUCUUAGUCCAAGAAUCGGCUCUCGAAACCAUCUUCCCUGUGGCAGCCGGAAACCUCAUCGCGAAAGGGGUUACUCUACGCUGUGACGCCAAGACGAAAGCGGGUCUUAUGAAAAAACUACCUUCGAAUUUGGCUGCCACGCUGAAGGACGCACAAGAAGCUGACUUCGACACCGAGUUCCUUAGCCUAACGCUUGCUGUCAAGGCGGUUGCAGAUAUCCACGAAGCAAUCGCUCACAUCAACACCCACGGCUCCAAGCACACGGACGCGAUCUUGACCAGUUCGUCGGAGCUCGCUGAGCUGUUCAUGUCGAGCGUGGACGCGGCGGGCGUGUACUGGAAUGCCUCUACCCGGUUUGCGGAUGGCAUGAGGUACGGUUUCGGUACCGAGGUCGGUAUUAGUACUAACAAGAUCCACUCCCGGGGUCCCGUUGGCUUAGAAGGCUUGAUGAUCUAUAAGUACAAGAUCCGGGGACAUGGGCAUGUAACGGCUGUGUACGGCGAGGGCGAGGGAAAGAAGAGCUUUAAACAUGAGAAACUUCCGCUGUAGAGAGUCGGUCUCUGUAGGUAAGUAUAUACCUGAGUAUACAUAUGGUCCAUGGCGUUUUGUAGGGGGGUUUUAAUGCGCAGGUGAAAAAAAAGUUGGAAAAAGUCCCUGAGCUAAGUUGACUUGCUUCUAAAAUAAGGAAAAAAACAGUGUAUGAGAUAUGCCUUGCUAUGACAUAAGAUGAUUAUACAACUUAACCAAGG